GUAAGCCUGAGGGGAGGGUCAGGGUGAGUCGCAAAAGGUCGCAGCGCGCUGUUUCCGGUCCGACCCCCGAAGCCGAGCUGAGUCCGAGAUGUCGGCAGUCGGCAGUGGGGAAACCCUGGGACCGCAAAGCGGCUUUGCCAAGCGAGUCCUGGUCACGGGCGGCGCUGGCUUCAUUGCAUCACAUGUCAUAGUCUCUCUAGUAGAAGAUUAUCCAGAUUAUUUGAUCAUAAAUCUUGACAAGCUGGACUACUGUGCAAGCCUGAAGAACCUUGAAACUAUUUCUAAGAAACAAAACUACAAGUUUAUACAGGGUGAUAUUUGUGAGCCUCACUUCAUAAAACUACUUUUUGAAACUGAGAAGAUAGAUAUAGUACUACAUUUUGCAGCCCAAACACAUGUAGAUCUUUCAUUUGUCCAUGCCCUGGAAUUUACCUAUGUCAAUGUUUAUGGUACCCAUGUUUUGGUGAGUGCUGCUUAUGAAGCCAGAGUAGAGAAAUUCAUAUAUGUGAGCACUGAUGAAGUAUAUGGAGGUAGCCUUGAUGAGGAGUUUGAUGAGUCUUCACCCAAACAACCUACAAAUCCUUAUGCAUCAUCUAAAGCAGCUGCAGAAUGUUUUGUACAGUCAUACUGGGAACAAUAUAAGUUUCCAGUUGUUAUCACAAGGAGCAGUAAUGUUUAUGGACCACAUCAAUAUCCAGAAAAGGUUAUUCCAAAAUUUAUAUCUUUAUUGCAACACAACAGAAAAUGUUGCAUUCAUGGUUCAGGACUCCAAAAAAGAAAUUUCCUUUAUGCUGCUGAUGUAGUAGAAGCCUUUCUCACAGUUCUAAAGAAAGGGAAACCAGGUGAAAUUUAUAACAUUGGAACUAAUUUUGAGAUGUCAGUUACACAACUUGCCAAAGAGUUGAUACAAUUGAUCAAAGAGACCAGUUCCGAGUCUGAAAUGGAAAAUUGGGUUGAUUAUGUUGAUGAUAGACCUUCCAAUGAUAUGAGAUACCCCAUGAAAUCAGAAAAAAUGCAUGGUUUAGGAUGGAGACCUAAAGUUCCCUGGAAAGAAGGAAUAAAGAAAACAAUUGAAUGGUACAAAGAGAAUUUUCACAACUGGAAGAAUGCAGAAAAAGCUUUGGAGCCCUUUCCUGUGGAAUAAACAUUUUUAUAAAAAGAAACAUUUAUGGAGAGAAAAGAAGAAAAUCGUUCUACCUCAUAGAUAUUUAAUUUAAAAUCAAAUUUACCAAACAGAAUCUUCUUUCCUUUUGGAAGUAGAUUCGGUUUUUUUGCACAAAAUCUCAAGGACAGAAUUAUGUUAUAAAUAAUAGGUAUUCUCAGUUCAUAGAAGAAUCACAUUUUGAACUGACUUGGAAUUUUGUUCUAUUGCCAAUUGUGUUCUCCAAAGAUGAUGCUACUUUUCUGCACAAUAGGAAUAACAAUGGAAAAUGAGAUGAAUGAAGUGUAGAGAUACACAAUUUAACAGCUGUAUCUACAAAGAGAGAGUCCAUCCCUUAGUUUGAAAGAGCUAUCAAUCAGAAGCUUGCUUCAUAAAUGGUCUAUUAGCCUAGAAAUCAAUCUUGGCAGUAGGGAAGGCAUCACUUUGCCAAAAAAGGUUUGUCCUUUUCUCUUACACAGUGAAUAUGCUAUGGACGUAGUUCCCUUUGUUGGGGAUUGUUAUAAAUUAGAAUUUUAAGGUAAUACAGAGUAAGUUAUUAUUCCAAUUAAUGGUUGAAAUUCCAUUACAUGAUUUGCCAUAAAAUGAGAAAUACCUGUCUGUACAAAGCAAUAAAGUUGGAACAAGAUGGAAACAUUUUAAGCACUUUUAAAUUUUGGUACUUGAUUUUUAAUAAUUCAUUUCAAUAAAGUUACCGUGUAAUUUAAAAACUUCUAAAAGAAUAUAUUUUUAAAAAUAGGAAAAUAAGAUUUGUAUGUUUAGUUUUUUAAACUAAAUUAGUUAUUUUAACUCCAAAAAAAAUUUUAAGUUGAAGAGGAAAUGUAUUGCAAGUCUCACUUUUGUUUUAUAUUUACAAAAUCAUAUCAAUGUUUUUUAAUGAUACAUUCAUGCUUUUUAUUCUAUUUAAAAUACAAUAAACAUUUCAUAUGUA